ACGCCAUUCCAAGUGCUCAGCCACCUAGACUUCACACCUUCGUCUGAACACAAUCCCACAAUGGCCGAGCUCGCCUUUGCAAAGCAAUUCCUCACAGCGCUGGACUCGCGCCCCCAGCGCCUCUCCAGCGACCACAUCGUAGACGCGAAAUCCUACCCCCCGCAGCCGGCCACGAUCCUGCCCAAAGCCGCCAACCCCAAAAAGCGCAAAACCACUCCCACCAACACCAGUAGCAGCACCGCAGACGCCAGCAGCACAGCCCCCAACCCACCCCCAACGACCCUCCCAGCAACGCUCUCCAUAACGCUGAAGCCGACGCGCCCCAGCGCCGCCACACCAGCCAUCACGCUCCCCACCGCGCCCCUCAGCACCAGCAUCCACGACCUAAAGACGCACUACGCGACGCAGACGGGCCUGGCCUCGCCCGCCCGCGUCAAGCUGCUGCGCGCCCGCAAGCCCGUCCCGGACUCCAAGUCGCUGCGCGACGUGCUGCUGGAGGGGGGCGCGGGCGUUGAUGCGAGUAGUGCUGAUAAGGUCGCGUUGGAGUUCCAGGUUAUGGUUAUUGGGGGAGGGGCGAGCGGGGCGAACGCAGUGAGCGGUGCAAGCACUCCAGGCACUCCAGCCGCCUCCUCUCCGCCACCAGCCGACAUCCCCAGCGCAGCAGCAGCAGCGGCCGGGAUCCCACCCGCAGCGGGGCAGAUCGGAGAAGAGCCCGUGAGCAGCUCAACGACGGCCGCACCGACUGGGGCAGCCGUGCCCACGACGGCCGAAUUCUGGGCCGAUGUGCGCGCGUUCCUGGUGCAGCGGGUGCGGGACGAGGCCGAGGGGGCGCGGCUGGCGGAGCUGUUUCGGGGGGCGUGGGAGGCGGAAGGGUCGAAGGGUGAAGGUGGAGCUGCUAGUGCGGAUAUGGUUGGGUGAGUUGGGUGUUGUUUGAUGUUUGAUGGGGAUGGGGAUGCGAAAACGCGAAAAUAGGGAGGGUGAGCGUGUUGUUGCAUUAGGCACCUCACGCUCGAUCGAGCACGUGUGAAUGAAUGGUCGAGGAAGAGUUGAGACGGUGUGCUUGAUGACGAUGACGACGAUGACGACGCUGAUUCUUGUUGGCUUCUUCUUCUUCUUCUUCUUUCUUUCUGCCAUAGUUAACACAAUAUGGGAGGGGAGCGUACAGACAGACAAACAAACAAGCAGACAGACGACUAGACUGAUCAACAACCUGGGCGAAAACGCGUUAAAAACAUCAUGCGUCACAUAUACAUGCAUGCGAGAAAAAAAAUCAUAAUGUAAUGC